AUGCAGCACUAUGGAGUGAACGGUUACUCCCUCCACGCCAUGAAUUCACUGAGCGCCAUGUACAACCUCCACCAGCAAGCAGCUCAGCAAGCCCAGCACGCCCCCGACUACAGGCCCUCGGUCCAUGCCCUCACCUUGGCAGAGAGACUGGCCGGCUGUACAUUUCAAGACAUCAUUUUGGAGGCACGUUAUGGAUCCCAGCACCGCAAACAAAGGCGAAGUCGCACAGCGUUCACCGCCCAGCAGCUGGAGGCGCUGGAGAAGACCUUCCAGAAGACUCACUACCCAGAUGUGGUGAUGAGAGAGCGGCUGGCUAUGUGCACAAACCUACCUGAAGCCAGAGUCCAGGUUUGGUUCAAGAACCGGAGAGCCAAAUUCCGGAAGAAGCAACGUAGCCUGCAGAAGGAGCAGCUGCAGAAGCAGAAGGACUGUGAAGGGAGCCAUGGUGAGGGAAAGACGGAGCCUCCCAUGCUGGAGACCCAGGCCACCACCCCAGACACUGAGAAAGUCCAGAGCCUCCCAAGUGAGGUAGGCACGGACCUCAACCUAACCCUGUCGGAGCAGUCGGCCAGUGAGUCAGCACCCGAGGACCAGACUGACAGAGAGGAGGAGUUUAAGAGCACCUUGGAUGAGGCCAAAGUGGACAAGAGCCCUGGUGUGGACAGCAAGGCUUUGAACUGCAAGAGAGCGAGCCCAAAAGCAGAGUCCCCUAUCAGCGCGGCUGUGACGCCUUCAUCCAGCAGUGGCCUGGCUCAGACUCACUCCUACUCCUCCUCGCCCCUGAGCCUCUUCCGCCUGCAGGAGCAAUUCCGCCAGCACAUGGCGGCCACCAACAACUUGGUCCAUUACUCCUCCUUCGAAAUGGGGACACCGUCUGCCAUGCCCUACUUGGGCAUGAACGUCAACAUGGCGCCGCUGAGCUCUCUGCACUGUCAGUCGUAUUACCAGUCGCUCUCCCACGCACAGCAGGUCUGGUCCUCACCCAUCCUGCAGGCGUCCAGCUCCCUUCCAAGCCUGAACAGUAAAACAACGAGUAUUGAGAACCUAAGGCUCCGGGCAAAGCAGCACGCGGCAUCCCUUGGGCUUGACACCCUACCCAACUGA